AUGCGAGAGGCCGCGCACGCAAUGCACUCACUGCUCGCUGCACCCCUACCCGCGCUCAACGCGCUGUUUAUUUUGCCCCGGGCGCUCCGGGGCUGGCACCGGGGCUCCUUGCAAUCGUCCCUGGCCACCAGCACCUUAUCUCCGCCCGCAGCUGCUCGCCUCGGGGCUGCUUAUCCCGGCGCGGCGGAGGGGGGGCGGAUCGCCAAGAAACCUGGAUAAGAGGUGGCCAGGAAGAGCACGGAAGGGGCCUUGGAUCUGCUCAAGUCACUGACCGGCUACACGAUGACCAUCCAGCUGCUGCAGACCACGCGCAUUGGGGUAGCCGUCAACUCGGUGCGGAAGCACUGCUCGGACGAGGAGGUGGUGGCCUCGGCCAAGAUCCUCAUCAAGAACUGGAAGCGGCUGCUGGAGUCCUCUGCGACGCCCAGGAAGGAGAAGGAGGUGGAUGGGGAGAAGGAGAAGAAGGAGAAGGACAAAGGGCUGGAUUUUCCCAGCUGGUCCAGUGAAGGGGCGAAUUCGCACGUGGCAAAACAUGGCAAGAGCCCAGCUGAGAAGCACAGGGAGAAGCACAAGGAGAGGUGGGGCAGGACCCCACCAGCUGCCUCCAAAACGUCCCCUCCGCCCGGCAAGAAGGAGAGGAGAGACUCUGCAGACGUGAGGGGCUCCGCUGCCGUCUCCUCCUCUUCCUCACCGCAGAAGAGGCCAUCAGGGGAGAGGAGAGCCUCCACGGGCUCCAGCCCCUCGCCAGCUCCCGCCGGCGCCCGGAGAAACUCCAGCGAUGCCAAGGAGGAGAGAGCCAACAGCAGCAAGGGCAGAGCGGAGCCGCUGCGGAGCUCGGCCAGCCCCUCGUCACCCAGCGCCUGCCUCCUGUCCCGCUGCUACCUCACGGGGGACUCGGUGCGGGACAAGUGCAUCGAGAUGCUCACGGCCGCGCUGCGCAUGGACGAUGACUACAAGGAGUUUGGUGUCAACUGCGAGAAGAUGGCGUCCGAGAUUGAAGAGCAUAUCUUCCAGGAGCUGAAGAGCACGGACAUGAAGUACCGCAACCGGGUGAGGAGCCGCAUCAGCAACCUCAAGGACCCCAAGAACCCCAACCUGCGAAGGAACGUGCUGUGCGGGGCCAUCGCGCCCGGCCUCAUCGCCCGCAUGACGGCCGAGGAGAUGGCCAGCGACGAGCUGAAGGAGCUGAGGAAUGCCAUGACCCAGGAGGCCAUCCGCGAGCACCAGAUGGCCAAGACAGGCGGCACCGUCACCGACCUCUUCCAGUGCGGCAAGUGCAAGAAGAAGAACUGCACCUACAACCAGGUGCAGACGCGGAGCGCCGACGAACCCAUGACGACCUUUGUGCUGUGCAACGAGUGCGGGAACCGCUGGAAGUUCUGCUGACGGCGCCACCUUCGCUGCGG